UCAUGGUUACCAGCGUUGCUAUCAAUGGACUCGUCUUUGUACUCUUCUACCAGCGACCUUCGGUGCGCAUGACUUCAAACAAGUUCGUCUUGAACAUGGCAAUCGUGUACCUCCUACAGACUUUCAUCCUUCUGCCAUUCGUUUUCGUGUCCAUCGUGUUUCGAGAGUGGAUAUUCGGGGACGUUUGGUGCAAGCUGCAUGGUGCCCUCUCCCUGUGCUUCACGCUAGCGAACGUUUUCUCCAUUCUCCUCAUAGCCGUAGACAGAAACUGCGCGGUCAACAGUCCGUUGCACUAUUCGAUGACCAUCACGAAGAAACGGACAAGUGGCCUCAUCGUAUCAACUUGGCUCUUCGCCAUUGUCAUCGCAUUGCCGCCGCUCUUCGGCGUCUCUGAGAUUAAGUACCAGGAGAGCUGGGCCAUGUGCACCGUAACCUGGCACGACGCAGGCUUUCUCACCGUAGCCUACUCCUGCGUACUCUGCGUGGUGGGCUUUUUGCUUCCUUUUGUUCGCAUCACGUGGAUAUACGCUUCCAUGUUCAAGGCGGCGCGCCGUAACAGCGCCUGCACUCGCCUAAACUUCACCGCCAUCGGCAACGAGGUGAGCCAGCCAACGACAGUGCGACCGGAAGUCGGAAACCACCAGUCACCUUACCUGCAGAAGAAAUUGGCUUGGUCUAAACGAACCUCUUCGCUUAGUCAAGCGUCUUCGAUAUUCGGUGACAAGUGGAAAGCCGUACGAACUGGAGUCCUGGUGGUAGUGUCGUUUACCACGUGCUUCCUUCCCUUCUUUUCCAUGACUCUGGUAGAACCACACGCCCAUACACGCAAGACGGCGCUUUAUAACUUGCCUGCCAUCGCCAUGUUGCUCCUCUUCUGCUCCUCACUCAUCAAUCCGUACCUUUACGUCAUAAGAAACAAGGCUAUGCGCAAACAUGUGCGCAAGAUGUUCACUCGGCUGACGCGUAAGCCGAGUUUCUUCUCUCCGCGGGGCUACCAUUUCAGUCACCAAGACCCACUAGAGGAGAGAAAGUUCUCUGACGACUUGAAGUUGUCUGGUAUCCCUGUUUCUUUGCGCCACGAAGAGAGCGUCGACUACCGAACGCCCUUCGUUACGCAUUCCCUGUGUCAGAGUGAAUCGGGUGACUGGAAGAUUGUCACGGUCACCACUGACGCGAGGCGUUCGUCUUUCCGCAAGUCUUUCGCCGCCGUGCAACACCCACUCUUUGCGGACAACACGACGGAGGAGCCGAGGCUAUGGCAGCAGGAGCACUCGCGUUACAAGGGUAGAACCACACGCAGCCUGCGUGUAGCUGCCAUGAGGAGCGGGUUCAACAGACGGGCGUCCUUCGACGGCAAGUUUACGCCGGCACGGUUGCCCAAAAUGCUCGAUCGAAACUCGCAAGCUAGUGCGGUGAAGCCAACCGCGAAUGCCGGAGGUGAUCGCAGCAUGUCUUUUCGCAUGCGCGGCCGCUUCGCAAACCGGGACGAGUCGAUCGAAACGUACGACAGGUUUCGCAACAGCAGCUUUUCCAAAGAAGUCUGGACCCGUCAAAACAUUGACUCUUACCAGAACGGCCAGCUGAGGAACUACGUACGUGAGCCGCACAGCAGCGUGUCAUUUGUCCGUGAUGGUGAAGCCUACGACAGAUGCCCCGCAGUCGACAGCGUCGUGCAAGUUCACAGUUACGGAAACUUGUCGGCUGACGUCUCUUCCCCAGUGGCCUCGUGCAGUCGCCGACCAGUUCUCAAACGAGGACGGUCAUUCGCCUUCGACGAACACGAAAUGAGCGUGACGUUUUCGCCACAAAGGAUUUCUUGCUCAGGAGGACUCAGGAAGUCUCACUUUGCUUUGGCGAGGCACUCUCCGAGGCACGGCUCUACCGAUACUACGACGACCACGCUAGAGUCGCUGACAUCCACGGAGUCGUCGCAAGAGGGUCCCGUCAACGCGCCGUCUUCACAGUGUGUGCCGUACUACGAAUCACCUUGGCACUUGGCGCAACAUUACUGUCAGCAUGACCAUGCCAGCCGGAACAGUGACGCUUCCGUAUCUUCACUUCGUUCAUCGAUCGCUUCGAAGUGGAACCAACACAGUCACUUGCCAUCUCAGUGCCACGAUCGGAGGGAUUCUGGCUUCGAGGACGCCAUGCUGGGAAGGACUGAAUUGUGCGACACCAUUGUGAAUGAAUCUGGAUCUAUCAAGGCUGUGAAAUUUUUAGAACGAGUGUAGCUACCGAACCGUCAAUUCCCGACAUUGAACAUUGUAUGAUGUACAUUCGGGUGAAUGCUUGUUCUUCGCUCAAGAAACUCCAGAUGUUGAAUUUACCACAAAGACAUUAGUGUCACCAAUUUUUGAAAAACAGGUCGAAUGUGCCCUCUCCGAAGGUGUUUCACACUAUGAACCAAGAAAAUGUCUGUGCAGAUAAUGCGUUCGACAAUAAAGUGCUUUUUUGUGGUUGUGUUUUCGGAA